GAAUAAUAAUAACCGACAUGCGAGCAGAAGACGACCGGGAACGAUCCCGAUUCGGCCGAAAUCAUGGGUUUCGUCGAUCGCUUGCAUACGCGUGCGUCUCACGCCGGACGCAAAACGAUACGGCACAAUCUGCACAAGUGUAUGUACUACAGGCUAUAAUUCGAUAACGUGUCACGUCAAGAUUAGAAAGGAUCGCUCAGUGAAUACUCUACGUGGGAGAAUGGGCAGAAAGCAUUUCCUUCUGCCGAGUGCGGGAUCGACAAAGUAAUAUCAAAUGAGACAAACUGUGCGCUUCGCUUCUUUCUGCCGUGGUAAAAUUACCUUUCCAAGAGCGUACCGUGAAAACAUAACCUCAAAACGCGAGCGGAUCUUGAUUCCGAUUUUCGAUCGAAUGUCAAAGAUAUUUGCGGACGCGCGAUCCUGAAAGCUGUCCCUUACCAUGGACUAUCCUUUCAAGCUUGUAAACCGAAACGUCCGAUACGUUGCAGCUUUCCUUUUCUUUUUGUAAAAAUGCGCGUGUAGCGUCAAAUGUAUGCCUAGACCGUCACGAAUGAAGGAUGAAUGAUUAAACAUAUAACUGCGAGUUACGGAGCAAGUUUUAAGAAGUGAGACUCGAGUGAGAUAUACAUUGCGUUUAACCUGCAUUUAAUCGCAAAAUAUUCAAGUGACAUGUAGUAUGUAAGCAGAUAAAAAACGCCUACGAUAAUAUCAUCUGUAUAUGAUAAAAGGAUAUGACUUAUCAUGAUAUCACCUGUUUGCCUAGUCAAAUGCAAGAUUUGAUGGUCCACUUAUAUCAUUGUUCUGUGAAUGUAACCUAGAUGAUAGUCAGGCAAUAACUCGUUAAAGGAAUUCAUAAGAAAAACCUGUGGGAAUGGGCAAUUGUUUGUGUAAAGAUACUCCAGAGGAACUCGAGACAUAUGGUAGUAACAAUCAUGCAGAAACUCAAAAUACAAUACUACCAGAACCAAGUAUAAGCAUGGUCUCAUCUAGUGACUCGGCGUCUCCUUCCUUUAAAUUUCCAACAUCGGCGAACAUUGAUAAGCUUGUAUUAGAGACACUGGGGAGUCUUGACACUCUGGUAGAUAAUGAUCACGAGCCACCACCAGCGAUGUUAAAAUUGAAUGCUAUCGCUGAUAAGGAAGAUGGUUGGAUACAAGUAGUUAGUUCUAUGGUCAAUGUUAUUCCAAUGCACAAUCCAUUGGGUCCUUCUGUUAUAAUAUUAUUAUUAGAUGAUUGCCCUUUACCUUCGAAGGACUCUGUGUUACGAUUAUCACACAUGUUUCAAUUGUCGCAAAGACUUGGAAAGAUACAAAUUACAGCCACCCAACAACGCAACAUAUGCGUUGUACUUGGUUGUAUCGCAGAGAAACUGGCUGGUCCUAGUAGUAUAGCGAUUUUAUCUGACGCCACCUUAAACUAUCUUGUUUCGAACUUACGGGAAGAUAUCGAGCCUUAUGUAGUGUUAUAUUCUUUAAUAGCAUUAGAGAAGUUUGCACAGACAAGUGAAAAUAAGGUAACUAUUAAGAAACGUCUUAUGGUAGAAAAGCAGAAUCCGCUGCUUGAAUUGGAGAAAUGGGCUACAGAAACACAUUAUGUGCGACGUCAAGUUGGUUUCUGUGCACAGUGGUGUUUAGAUAACCUAUUUUUAAUGGAAGGUAGAAAGUAUUCCCAUGACUCGGUCGAUGUGACUGGUAUUAAUGUAAUGUUAAAUACAAAGGAUGUAAGCGAGUACCUGAAAAUAUCACCUAAUGGCUUGGAGGCGCGAUGCGAUGCGUAUUCCUUUGAAAGUGUACGAUGCACGUUUCAAGUAGAUUCAGGGAUAUGGUAUUACGAAACGCUUAUAAUAACCACAGGAGUAAUGCAAAUUGGAUGGGCCACAAAGGACAGCACGUUUCUCAAUCACGAGGGAUAUGGCAUAGGAGACGAUGAAUUUUCCUUGGCCUAUGAUGGCUGUCGUAGACUGAUUUGGUAUAACGCGCGAAGUGAGAAAUUCCACGACAGACCAUGCUGGAAAUCCGGUGAUGUCUUGGGUUGUUUAUUGGAUUUAAAUAAAUUAGAGAUAAUAUUUUCUAUUAACGGCGUACCGCUUAAACCGUGCAUCCAAGUAUUCAAAACAGUAAGGUCUGGAUUCUUCGCAGCAGCUAGUUUCAUGUCAUUCCAGCAAUGCCUUUUUAACUUUGGAAACACACCUUUUAAGUAUCCACCUACUGAUCGAGAAUUUCAGAAGUUUAACGACUAUGCUACACUAAAACCAGAAGACAAGAUAGUACUUCCUAGGCAUAUAUACCUAGACCAAUUGCGAAGACUUAGUGUUAGAGAAGAUUCCUGUACAUUAUGCUUCGAUCAAAGGGCAUCGGUGAGGUUACUGCCAUGUGACCAUAGAGGAUUUUGCCAAACGUGUUCGAAACAGCUGAUUGAAUGUCCAAUGUGUAGAGCUACUAUUGAAGAAGUAGCCUCUGAUAACAUAUGACAUCGAUCAUAUCAUACAAAUCUUUACCAAAUCUUUUACAAUUUUUCUUAUAUCAUGCAACUUUCAUGGAAAUUUCACGAGAUAAUCAUAAUUAUAAUAGGUAAUUAUUUGUGCUGUAUAUUAUAUAUAGUCGUCACGUAUCACAUAAUAAUUUCCUUGCGACACAAUACGUUAGUAGGUAGAAAAGACUACAAAUUUGUAAUAAAUAAAAAUAUUCCGUGGUCGCAGUGAAUCGCAAAUGAGCAGACAACUUCGUUGUAAGGAUUGGAUUUAAAGAUUGAAGCGCAAGCAAAUAUUUUAUGAUAACAAAACAUUAUCUUUAAAACUUUUCCAUAUACAUCUCUGUACUUUUUUUACUAUGUAGAUUUAUAGAGAAUGAAAUUUUGUGGUUUACUAAUAUCGUGAACAUUGUUUCUUGAUUUGUCAAGAUAAAAACAUUAACGUCGAGAGAAUAUAUUAUUGACGAUUAUAUUAUUUAUAAUAUAAAGAGAGAAAAAGUUCACAUUAGCCAUAUCACGCAAAAAAUGUCUCACUUUUACGUAGUAAAAUCACGCUCGAUGGGAGUAACGUACGCAUUUAUUAUCACAAGAAAUAUAGUAGGUAAAACUUCUUGAAAUAUAUAGAUAUAAAAUCAAACGGCAAAAUGGCAAAAAUACAUCUUUUCACGCUAAAACUUUCUAAUCUUUAGCGUUGAUGUUCGUUCUUAGAUAAAUGUGCUCGUUACGCUUCUCGGGUUUCCGAAUGUAAUUGUUACUCUCGAAUAAAUUUUGCCUAAUAAUUCUUGCUUUGAACCUUGCGACUACGACGUGAAAUUCGCAUGAGAGAUUAUUUGUUUGUCAACUUGAAAAUUUUCUCUAUUAGAAUUCGAAAGUUCAGAUUAUUUACAAACUAUUUAUGCGCAAGUGAAAAUAACUUGUGAUGUAAUGUAAAUUUAUCUUUAAGAAAUUGUGAAAUACUGAUAAUAUAGAUUACAUAUAUUAUGUUAAAGUAUAUAUAUAUAUAUAUAUAUAUA